UGACCGCUUCCUUUUCAGGUAUUUCCACACUGGGAUCUGGUACUCCUGUGAGGAAAAUAUCAAUGCUGCUGGUGAAAAAUGUCGAAGUUUUAUUGACCUUGCCCCGGCUUCUGAGAAAGGUGUCCUGUGGCUGUCGGUAGUAUCCGAGGUGUUAUACAUCAUGCUGUUAGUCGUCGGGUUCAGCCUUAUGUGCCUCGAGCUCUUUCAUUCAAGCAGUGUGAUAGAUGGGCUCAAGUUAAAUGCCUUUGCUGCUGUCUUCACUGUGCUUUCAGGUCUCCUGGGGAUGGUGGCACACAUGAUGUAUACUCAAGUUUUCCAAGUGACAGUCAGCCUUGGGCCAGAGGACUGGCGACCACAUUCAUGGGACUACGGAUGGUCUUUCUGGGCUUCACAACACCCAGCUUUAAAUGUCACUAGCACACAGAGGAACAGGAGUGACCAUAAUGCUCAGAAAAUACCCCCAUUCGCUACGUCAAGCUCUUCCAGCAACACAUCAAGCAGCUCUUCACUUUCAUCAGAACCAACCAGCCAGAUCUCCAUGGUUCAGGAUCAAACCCUGCUGGACAUUGCCUCCAUCACUAGAUUGGCAGCAGGAGAAUCACCAAACCCCCAACUAUUUGAACAAAGAGACAAAAAUUUAGCAAUAUUGUGUUCCAGCCCAGUCGGAGCAAGGACUAUUCCAGCAUCUUGCCCAGCCAGCCCCAGGCUCAGUCUAACACCCAGCUCAGCCAAGCCACAGCAAUACUCUGACUCCUCUCCAGCCAGUCCAGGGAUCAAUGCAACUUCCUUCUAUACCUUUCUGACUCCUCACACAGCACAAAACGUACAAGCCUCAGCAUCAGAUCACACACUAACCCCAACCAGGAAAAGCACAAGGCCUCCAGCAACAAUGACUCCUGAAGAUAGUUCCCAGUCUCCUGGCUAUUGUAAAACUGGAUUAAAGAACACAGGCAACAGUUUUGAACUAGACCUGGAAGAUCCUGAUCACGAAAGGAGAUUUGUAACAGCGGAGGAAUUCCAAGCCAUGGAGAAAGAACUAGAGGACGUAAAAGAAGAACUGAAAUGCCUGAAGUGGAAAGUGAGACACAUUGGUGAGACUGUGCAGCCCCCGGCCGACGACAGCAAGCGUUACAACGGCUAUACCCUGACGGAGCUCAAGGCAAUGGUGCAGUUUGAAGAUGACCCUUACAAAGCUGCACACAAGAUCCUAACAGUGCUCUUCAGCGAUGUCUGCUUGCCACAGCACCCAGUCACUGAACAGGCCUGCAACUCCCGCUCUCUGCCCAAGCCCAAAAUAGACCCAGAGCUGUACAUGGUGUACUGUGACAUUCUGAAAAGCAUUUUCCCUGGAAUUAGCAGCCAGACCUUGAGGGAAGAUACACAACACGUGCAGAAAAGCACCCAGAAAGAAGUGCAAUAACAUCAGAGCCCACAAGACGUUCUGUCUCCGUGAUUUUAGAGGACUGAACUGUGGUAGGUACCAUUGGUUGAGUCUAUCCCUUUUAGGUAUGAACCAUCUGUAAAGAUAUUGGUGAGCUCUGAGCCCUUCAUGCCACUUGCCCAACGAGACAGGGUGGGGAGGCAUUCUGCAUACUUCCCACACCUUAGAAAAAACAAAAAAUGGUGCCCUUAGUGUCUCUUUCAACACAUGGAUGAUUCCUUGCUUCCAGUAACUACAAAUGCUGACAAAAGAACCCAGAGAAGGCAUUGUAUGUCCAAGCAAGGGCCUUCUCCCAGCCCCAAACAGACCAACCAACCAGCA